UACUGAAUGAGAUUGCUGAGAGAAGGGGUAAGGCGCACAUUAAAGCACUUUUUGCAAUUCAUCUAUCAGCUUACUCUUCAAUUAUCUUCAAUGCAAAUAUUUUGGUAUAUUCAUUUCAUUUUUGCGGGAGGUCGUGAAGUUUCUUGAUGUUCUGUUUGAACUCACGAUUGCUUUUGAUCACGAUACGGGGCCAUCUCUUACCUAUGCUCAUAUUCAACAUAUUCUCACACUAUAUUGCCUCGAGCUUAUCUGUGGCUAAGCCAAAUAGUCGCCUGCCUCUCUUGCUUAUCUUAUCUAAUCAACUGCGACAAUUGCUCGGCUAUUGCCUUGCUUCUUACAUACAUAUGUGCUGCAAGUGCUGGAUGUGUUUUGACCAAACCAAAAGAGUUAGCCAUCUGUCGAUGACCACCUCCUCACUCAAGAAUGUGGUAAAACGAACAACAAGCAGCGGACGGCUUCACAAGAAAUCAUGGGAAAAAUGUCAAAUUUGUGGCAAAAGUUUCUGCACAAAAUAUUUGAAUACGCGCCCAGCGUAGUUGCGUGCUUAUGCUUUCUACCUUGUGGCCUCGUCACUGGCUAUACGAUAUGCGCCUUUGUGGCUGAAAGGAAUAUUCAUGUAGGCCUCAUUGCAUAUGGCCCGUUGAUUCUGGGCGCCGGCAUUAGCCUUAUUGUGGCACUCUCCAUGCUGACCUUAAAGUUUAUGCGUUCUCGCCUUAUCUUCUGGCAGCCGCUGUUGUUGCUUGUUGGAGGGAUAUUCCAUUUAAUAGCCAGUUGUUUCUUUUUUGGCAAAGACUUCGAUUAUGUUGGCGCAUUCAUUGCAUAUGUUGGUCACAGCAUUAGCUUUGUGGCUGGCUUCAGCUUCCUACAGAGCAUGUGCUCUAAAAUGAGUCGCGCACUAUUCCUAUCCAGCUGCUGCAGUUUCUAUCUGUUGGGUUUGGCGACGGCAGUGAGUCUCAUACACGCUGCGUAUGAAAAGAAUCUGCGGGAUUAUCCAGGGCAACAGCUCACUGAUGGCAUCUAUAUAAAUUUCGCGGCCACAUAUUUGUGCGUGGCGGCUGUCCUUCUGGCGCUGCACAUUUCGCUGAAAGUGCUCAACUUUUUGGGGCAUGUGGAUGUGGCGAAUAGUCGGGACGAUGAGCUGCGAAUUGCCAACUUGAAUGGCACUGUCUUUGAUAAACGCCAGGAAAUAAUUAAGCGGACGCAAUUUUUCUAUGUGACCAAAAAUCAGCAGUGGAAUGUGCUUUUGGUUGUGCUCUUCACCGAGGCUAUACAAUAUGCACUCUUCAUAUAUUUUUUGUUCUGGUUUAGUCUGAACACAUCCAUGCAGCUGACCGAGCCAGGACUUAUCCAUAUAAUGGUUUGGAUGCUGUUCGCUGGCGGCGUUACGGGCACGAUAAGUUUGCGAUUCUUUUCGGUGAAAAUCAACUUUGUUUUCUCGCAGCUAUGCCUCAUAGUCCUCACAGUGCUCAGUCUGAUUAUUUGCACAUCUGUGCAGACAAAAAUACCAUUUUGCGUGCUUAUUUUCUUCUUCGGACUGUCGCAUGCCAGCCUUCAAGUCGCUCUCAUCGAAGUUGCGCAUUUACGGUUCACUGAAUGCGCCAUUUCGGUGUCUUAUAUAUUGAAAUUGCUGAGCACCGGCCUGAUUUACUAUUACUUUGUUUACGAUUCGAAAGAAUCGUUCUUCUACCUCACUGACAAAGGCACUAUAAUGGCACAUGGGUUCGUUUUUAUGAUUAUUACGGCACUGCUAGCAAUUGUUGUGGCCAUUAAGGUUCCGCGCACAUAUCGCAUGAGCCUCCUCGACAUUCAGAAGACCGUCUGCGGCAUUAUAUUUUUGGAGCAUCAGAUUGAACAGUUGAACGUGGCUUGGCUAAACGAGGGCAAGAUACCAACAAUCAGCUCCUCGAUGGAACAUUAAACAAUGAACAGUGCAAAUGGUAUCACAUAUUUUAGUAUUAUAGAGUCUCAUGAUUAGUGCAGUUGUUUGGCCAAAUGCUGCUUCAGUUGAUGCUCCCAAAUAAUUGUAAAAUGUAUAAAUAAAGGCAGAUUGAUGGUCAUUCAA